UGUGUGCGCACACGCCUGCGUUGUGUGUCUGUUGUUUGUGGGUGGCACCACAACAUUUCUCUGGAUUUUCUGUGACACCUGCUUACAAAGUCACCACCAUCGGCACAGGGAGGAUUAUAAAGACCGCAAUGCAGUGCAAGGAAACUCAGAACAAAAAGUGGGCAUCCCUGUACUGUUCAUCCAAGAAGACCCCGGUGCAGAAAGAGGAAACAGAUGACACCAUGGUCUCUACUGGGGCUAAACCCUUGGAAAACUAAGCAUUAUGGCAACUUAUUGAUUAGCUACUGCUAACACCAGAUCAACACUAAAGUGUAAUACUGGACAUGACCACGUACAUGGACUACAAAGUCUUUACUGUUCAGAUAAAUGGCACAAAGGCAGCAGUGUCUGAUUUUCUGCAGGAAUUUUCAGAGAAUAGUCAGCUUUAUUUAAUCAGCCUCUUCCUCUCCAGCCUCUACAUUAUAUUCCUGUUCCCUGUCGGUUUCAUCGGGAACAUCCUCAUCUUAGUGGUGAACCUGUACCACAGGGGUCACUUGACAGCCCCGGACCUCUACUUUGUGAACCUUGCCGUUGCCGACCUUGCCCUUGUGGCUGACUCUCUGAUCGAGGUGUUCAAUCUGAAGCCAGGCUACUAUGACAAGCCCGGCCUCUGCACCUUCAUGAACUUUUUUCAGCAGGUCAACAUGUACAGCAGUGUCUUCUUCUUAACCUGGAUGAGCUUUGACCGCUUUGUCUCGCUGACUGGCUUCACUGGUCACAGCAUGCCUCGCGCACGCCUCAGCUGCUUCCUUAUCUGGGUGCUUUCGGCGUUGCUCACCGUGCUUCCUUUCGCUAUAGCUCAAAGGCAACACGCUGGGGAACUCCACUUCUGCUUUGCAAACGUGACCCAGAUUCAGUGGCUGGAGGUGACGUUGGGUUUCUUGCUGCCUUUCUGCAUCAUGGGUCUCUGCUACUGGAAAAUAGCACAGGUGCUGCAGCGGAGCAACAGGGGUCAUGACGGCCCACAGCAGAGGCCUCGCAGGCAGAAAGCCCUGCGGAUGAUCUCAGCCGCUGUGUUAGUCUUCUUCCUUUGCUGGCUCCCGGAGAAUGUGUUUAUAAGUGUUGACCUUCUGAGAGGUGACGCAGAAAGCGGGACACUUUGGCAGGAUUACCCCCUGACAGGGCAUGCUGUCAGGCUGGCGGCCUUUUCUAACAGCUGCCUGAACCCGCUCAUCUACAGCUUCCUUGGGGAGACCUUUCAGAAUAAACUGAGGAUCAUAUGGGCCAAGCUCAGGCACAGGUCAGCCACAGGAAAAGUUCUCCCUGUCCCAGCGGGAAGCACAUGUGGCCAUGCGACAGACCAAGGCGGUCCACACAUUGAAGCUCCAACAAACCUUCCACAAACUGUUCUGCUUCCCCCCCAAAAUAACUGCCUACUGCAUACUGUAGGUCACACCGACAAUAGAUCAUGUCUGUGCCAUCAGUGUAAAGACAUUAAGGGACAAUGAAAACGCAAGGGCUCCAACUGUUGUGGAAUCGCUUGCGUUGAAUCCGUUAUUUAUUGUUUAUGUACACCGUUUAUGGGACUUUUUUAUCGUGUUUUGACAGAAUUAAAUCAAUUUAAAUAUCAGCUUUUAAUGCAUUUCUGAUGCCACCUGGAUUGAAAAUCUGAACGUUUGUCAUAUAAAUAAUUUUAGUAAUACCAACUAAACUGUAAGAAAACAAUGUCAACUUUCAAUUGGCCUCCAAAAACUAUAACUUUCAGCUGCUAUUAAUUAUACCUUAAAACAUCUUGUUUUUAAGACUGGGUUAUUACCAGCCCAAGUAAAGAGCAUUCUGUAUAGACAACCAAAAAAACACAAAAAAA